AUGGGGAAAGCUGUGGUUUCUUCCAAGCUUCUCGUGGGCUUUGACAAGGUGACCCAAUCUCUCCCAGUUUAUUCAUUCUUGCAACAGAUGUUCUUAGCCGUGGCUUUGCCAGGCUGGGUCCGCUGCAUUGAGAGAUCCCUUGGCCUAGCAAAGUCCCCCUCAACCCUCAUCUACCUGGGUGUGCCUAUCGCUCAAGGGAGGAUCAGAUGCAACCUCUUCGAGCCGCUCUUAGAUAAGGUGACCUCCAGAAUUCAGGGGUGGAACGCCAAAAUCCUCUCGCAAGGUAGCAAAUUAAUGCUGAUCUCUUUCGUCCUGAGUAGUAUCCUUACUCACUCCUUGGCGGCAACAAUUAUUCUGAAGAAAUUGCUUUCCAGUUUGGCUUCUAGUUUUGCUAAUUUCUUUUGGGGAUGGAGGGAUGGUAGGAAGAAGCUUCACUGGAGGAGAUAG